GCGGUGCCUGGUGAGCUGGCGCCUUUGUGGACAGUCGGGACUCAAAGGGCGGGGUCAGAUUCAGUUCCGAACAGCUGCGGCGCCGUUGUAAAAAUGACCCUAACGAAUGCACGUUGGAGCCGCCAAGCUGGAGCUGGAACUGGAGUUCCGUGGGGCAGGGGCCCCGGCUGCUGCGCAGCGGCUCCUCCAGGCCGCGGCCCCGGCGGAGAACGAGCCGCAGGCGGGGUCGGGCCCCAGGCCAAGCGCCCGGGCUGAGAGCGUGCUGCGCUGGCUCACCACCGCCGUCCUGUACGCCGCCUUCCUGGGGCUGGGAAUGAAUGCUGGUAUACUGGGACCUACAUUUCAAGAUUUGGCAACAAAUGUAAACCGAAAUAUCAGUGGUCUUUCUCUAAUUUUUGUGGGCCGGGCCUCUGGAGUCUUGUGUGGCUCUAUGAUUGGCGGAAUUCUUUUUGAAUAUAUGAAUCAUGUAUUACUUUUGGGGGUUUCAAUGUUGACGACCACAGUUGGCCUUUACCUCAUUCCUUUUUGCAAGACAGCAGUAUUACUGAUUGUUGUGAUCUCCGUCUUUGGUGUUGCAUUUGGGAUUCUGGAUACAGGUGCGAAUGUCCUUAUCUUGGCUCUAUGGGGGGACAAAGGAGCCCCACAUAUGCAGGCCCUGCACUUCAGUUUUGCCUUGGGUGCCUUUUUGGCUCCUCUUCUGGCAAAAUUGGCCUUGGGAACAACACUGUCCACGGAAAACCACACAGAGCCUGACCUUCAUCCUCCAGCCCUCAACCAAUCACCUGAAGCAAACCCAGGCCCUCUGUUUGCAGCACCUGAUGACUUGAACUUACUGUGGGCUUAUGCUUCUGUCGGCAUGUACAUUUUUGUAGUUUCUGUCUUCCUGUUUGCUCUGUUUUUUAAGACACAGUCAAAGCAUGAAAACCCAACAGCAUCUGCUCAGGUAUCUCGAAGAGCUAAAUAUCACAAGGCCCUGCUCUGUCUCCUUUUUAUGUUCUUCUUUUUUUAUGUUGGAGCUGAGAUAACCUACGGCUCUUACAUUUUCUCAUUUGCAACCACCCAUGUUGGCAUGGAAGAAAGUGAAGCAGCUGGGUUGAACUCCAUCUUCUGGGGGACCUUUGCAGCCUGCAGGGGCCUAGCAAUCUUCUUUGCUACAUGUUUACAGCCUGGAACCAUGAUUGUGUUGAGCAACAUUGGCAGCCUGGUCUCAUCUUUAUUUCUGGUGCUUUUUAACAAGAGCCCACUUUGUCUCUGGAUAGCAACUUCAGUGUAUGGGGCCUCAAUGGCCACCACCUUUCCCAGUGGUAUUUCUUGGCUUGAGCAGUACACAAGCAUAAGUGGGAAAUCUGCAGCUUUUUUUGUCAUUGGUGCUUGUCUGGGAGACAUGGUUAUUCCUGCAGUAAUUGGAAUUCUUCAAGGACAUUACCCAGAUUUGCCAGUAGUUCUGUACACCUGUUUGGGGUCAGCAAUAUUCACUACUAUAUUGUUUCCUGUGAUGUAUAAAUUAGCCACCUUGCCUCUGGAUCACAGUGGAAAGAAAACAGAAAGAAUGAGGACCGCAAAGCUUUGCUUUCCAGCCCUGAAGUAAAUUACUACAAGGAAAAUAAUGAAGAGGAGGAUGCAGAUAAAUGAAAUGAAGUAGAUUUUGAAGUGGUUGAAAUGGAUGAUACAAUGAGGCCUUCUAUCAAUCAGACAUGUAGAAAUAUUUUUUGGAGCCAAUAGUUAAUGUAUUCAACCAAUUCUUCUCAAAUGCAAUGACAUUUAAUUUUUCUACAAUGAAUAUUGGUGAUUCCAUCGCUAAGCACAUUGUCAGAAAGCAGUACAACACUUAGAGCAGAUGAAUUACUUCUGGCUUCCUGGAAUAACUGUCCCUUCUAAAUAGCACAGUCAGAUAAGAACUACAGCAGAUUUUUAGCAUGUUUUGGGAAUAAUAGUUUCCAGGUCCAUUUACAGCAAAAUUUUAACACGUUCUCCAAUUCUUAGAGAUUUUUACAAACUAUCAAGAGGUAUGAUAUAGUAGGAUCUUGUAGGAAACUAGUGUUCAGCAUUCGUCUUAUUAGAUAAUAUUUUAUACCUCUAUUUUGAGAGUAUGCAAAGAAAGUAUUUAUAUUUAGGGCUGGGGAUUUAGCUCACUGGUGCCACUGCCUGCCUUGCAAGUGCAACGUCCGGAAUUUGAUCCCUGGUACCAAAAAAAAAAAGAAAGUAAGUAAGUAUUUAUAUUUAAGAAAAUGUGUAGCAUCUAAUAGAGCAAAAUCACAAAGGAAUAGAAUGGAUUUGCUGAGCAAAUUAUCAGGAAUGUAUAUGCUGCUUGGGAUUUGGGGAGAGUGAUGUUUGAAGUAGUAUCUUUGGAAUUAGACACACAUUUUAAUUAACUGCUUUAUCUUAUUUGUAUGGCUUCUCCAAAAAAUGCUAAUGACACUUUGAUUUUUUUCAUUGAAAUAAAACAUAGGAGGAGAACAUAGAACAGGUCAAGAGACCUGACAAUAAGAUGUGACUGUGCCUUCUGUCUCUACACUGAGACACUUAAGCCUUGUUUAAUCUCAUCUCAUGAUCUAUGAUUCUAGAAAUAAAAAUUAGAUAAUUUAAAAAUCAAGAAACCCGUCAACUUUUAAGUUUGUGCAAGAUGACUGCUGGAAGUCUUCAUUUCAAAAUGAAAAGUGGAACCAAAAAAUGAUAAAUUGUUUAAAAACAUUCUAUUGGUUAUGAAUACAUACAAAUUUAAUAUGGUUUAUGUUUAAUCAUCAUUUACAUAAUUGUGUAAAGAAUAUACUUUUCAGUGCUGCAUUUGAUCCAUUCUGAAAAAUGCAUUUUCCAAUAUAGCAUCUGUCGGGCCUGGGAUUUAGCUCAGUGGCACCACGCCUGCCUCAAAAGUGCAAGUGCAAGGUCCUGAGUUCGAUCCCCGGUUCCCCCCCCCCAAAAAAAGCCAAUAUAGCAUCUGUCAAACAGGUAUGUGUAACAAUCAAUGAUCAUUUAACAUUGUGAUAAAUUAACAGUUGGCAGUUUUUCCUUAUAAAUAUGUAAAAAUGUUGCAUUUGAUAAUCAGUGUCUUACAUUUAGAGAAAUAAAAUAAUUUAUUCAAUUGUGCAGAUUAAACUAUUUUUAUAGACACUUUUAAGAGAAAUGUUAUCCUUUUUAUUUUAAGACAAGGUUUCAUUGUGUUGUGACGGCUGGUUUCAAAUUCCUGGCCUCAUACCAUCUUCCCAUCUCAUCCUCCAGAAUAGGUGGGCCUACAAUCCUCUGCAAAUACAUUGGUCUGAAAAACUA